AUCGCGUCUUCGUUGCCGAUUGUUUCUAAGAUCGAGCCGUGCCGCGAUGUCACUCGGCCUGAUUUUUAUUCCCGCGAACGGGAAAUCAGCCUCCCCGAAAAAGUUAUAUUUCGCGCCCGUAUUGUGGCAAUAUUUCACGACGCAGUCAAGAGGAGAAUCUCAAGCUCAAGUAAUCUUUUCAUGGCAGCGCGAGCAAGUGGAUGCACGCUGGGUCUCGCUCACGGAAUUCUUCAGGAUCUCCCAGUGGUUUUCAACGAUUUUACGAAGCCGGACGUGUCAUCUGUCACUUGAUUGUAAAGAAAAAUGGCAGCAAAGGCAAUUCGCGAGGCGACUGGAAAAGAGUUAAUUAAUCGUAAGCUUUCUGUCGGAACAAAAGUAACAAAAUGCAGAUUCGUGCCUAUUACGGAAGAUACAAAUUGGAUCGAUAUCGCCAACGAGUAUCCGUGGCUCAAGACGGAGAAACUGGUCGUGAAGCCGGAUCAAUUAAUCAAACGCCGAGGAAAGCUCGGAUUAAUCAAGGUGAACGCAGAUUUACCCACGGUACAAAAAUGGGUCGAACAACGCAUGAACAAGGAACAACGUGUCGGCAAGGCGACUGGAAAGUUAAAAACAUUCAUAAUCGAGCCAUUCGUACCGCACAAACCGGAGGAGGAAGUUUAUAUCUGUAUUUAUUCUCAUCGCAAAGCUGAUACAAUACUAUUCCAUCAUCAAGGAGGUGUUGAUAUUGGAGAUGUCGAUGCUAAAGCUUUGAAAUUAGAUAUACCAGUUGGCGGCGAAUUGCCGGAUCGAUCUACAUUAAUCAAUAGACUUCUGACCAAUGUGACGGACGACAAAAAAGUGGUGAUUGCUGAAUUCAUAGAAUCUCUUUAUAAGCUUUACGUUAAUUUAUAUUUCACAUACAUGGAGAUCAAUCCGUUGGUGGUAACGGAUGCUGCAAUUUAUAUACUCGAUCUCGCAGCCAAGCUGGAUACCACGGCGGAUUUUAUAUGCAAACCAGACUGGGGUGAGAUCGAUUAUCCACCGCCAUUUGGAAGGGACGCUUAUCCGGAGGAAGCCUACAUAGCUGAUUUGGAUGCCAAGUCGGGCGCCAGUUUAAAAUUGACGAUUCUUAAUCCAAACGGCCGCAUAUGGACAAUGGUUGCUGGUGGUGGUGCGUCUGUAAUAUAUUCGGACACGAUUUGCGACUUGGGUGCGGCGGAUGAAUUGGCCAAUUAUGGCGAAUAUUCCGGUGCCCCUAGCGAGCAACAAACUUACGAGUACGCAAAAACCAUCCUGAGUUUGAUGACGAAGACAAAGCGUGCCGAUGGGAAAGUGUUGAUUAUAGGAGGUGGAAUUGCUAAUUUCACAAAUGUAGCUGCGACAUUCAAAGGUAUCGUUAAGGCCCUUCAGGAAUAUCAGCCCAAACUGGUAGAGCAUGAUAUACGAAUUUUUGUAAGAAGAGCCGGACCUAAUUAUCAAGAAGGCUUAAGGAUAAUACGGGAAGUUGGUAGACGUCUAGGGAUUCCCGUUCACGUAUUCGGUCCCGAAACACAUAUGACAGCUAUAUGCGCUAUGGCGUUAGGAAAGAAACCGAUCCCCGACCCGGAAGCUCAAGAAUUCUCAACUGCAAACUUUCUCUUGCCUUCCGGACAAGAUGUCGGACCACCAUCUACGCCGUCCAAAAACAAAUUGCCAUUAGAACAACCUAAGUUAAGAGCUGUUGAUGCAGUGGAUUCGAACAGCAGUGACAGACAACUUUUCAGCAAUAAAACGAAAUCCAUCAUUUGGGGCAUGCAGACGAGAGCUGUACAGAGUAUGUUGGAUUUUGAUUUUGUUUGCCGAAGAUUCGAGCCAUCUGUCGCUGCUAUCGUUUAUCCGUUCACUGGCGAUCAUAAGCAAAAGUUUUACUGGGGCCAUAAGGAGGUUCUCAUUCCUGUCUAUAAACAAAUGAAAGACGCUAUGGCUAAGCAUACUGAUGCGGAUGUAAUGGUUACAUUUGCUUCUCUAAGAUCCGCCUACGAAAGUACUAUGGAAACGUUGCAGUUUCCGCAAAUCAGGACAAUCGCGAUAAUCGCGGAAGGUAUACCUGAAAAUAUGACUAGAAAAUUGAUCUUAGAGGCGCAACGAAAAAACGUGACUAUAAUUGGACCGGCGACUGUGGGAGGCGUGAAACCGGGCUGCUUUAAAAUCGGCAAUACUGGUGGAAUGAUGGACAACAUUCUGCAUAGCAAAUUAUACAGACCCGGCAGCGUCGCUUACGUCUCCCGUUCCGGUGGCAUGUCAAACGAGUUAAAUAAUAUCAUCUCCAAGGCUUCCAACGGCGUACUCGAGGGUGUCGCCAUUGGUGGAGAUCGUUAUCCGGGAACUACCUUUAUGGAUCACAUAAUGCGUUAUCAGAAUAAUCCAGAGGUGGCGUUAAUCGUUCUGCUCGGAGAAGUCGGCGGUGUCGAGGAAUACGAAGUAUGUGAAGCAUUGAAAAGCCGCAGGAUCACGAAGCCGUUGGUGGCUUGGUGCAUCGGUACCUGCGCCAGUAUGUUCAAUUCCGAGGUGCAGUUUGGCCAUGCCGGUUCGAUCGCGCAUUCCAAUCUUGAGACAGCCUCCGCGAAAAACGCAGCGCUGAAGGCCGCUGGUGCCUAUGUCCCGGACAGCUUCGAUACUCUUGGCGAUCUCAUACAAACCGUUUAUGAAAAGCUGGUGAAAGGCGGCACGGUAGUGCCGAAACCCGAAGUUCCACCGCCAACAGUACCGAUGGAUUAUAAUUGGGCCAGGGAACUUGGUUUAAUACGUAAACCUGCGUCAUUCAUGACAUCUAUUUGCGAUGAACGUGGACAGGAAUUAUUGUACGCCGGUAUGCCUGUAACUGAGGUGCUGAAACAGAAUGUGGGCAUCGGCGGUGUUGUGUCACUCUUAUGGUUCCAGCGUUGUUUACCCCCAACCUACUGUAAAUUCCUCGAAAUGUCGUUGAUGCUCACAGCUGAUCACGGUCCGGCUGUUUCCGGAGCUCAUAAUACCAUCGUUUGCGCGCGCGCUGGAAAAGAUUUGGUCAGCUCUCUCGUUUCCGGACUUUUGACAAUUGGUGAUCGUUUCGGUGGUGCCUUAGACGGUGCGGCUCGCAUGUUUUCCGAGGCAUACGACGCCGGUCUACAUCCGCAAGAAUUUGUAAAUAACACGCGUAAGAAGGGCAAACUAAUUAUGGGUAUUGGUCAUCGUGUCAAGUCGAUUAACAAUCCAGAUAUGCGCGUCAAGCUUAUUAAAGAAUUCGUGUUGGAGAAUUUUCCUGCGAAACCUUUGGUCGAAUAUGCCUUGGAGGUUGAGAAAAUAACGACCAGUAAGAAGCCUAAUUUAAUUCUUAAUGUGGAUGGAAUUAUCGCCAGCGCCUUCGUCGAUAUGCUGCGGAAUAGUGGUAGCUUUACGAGAGAAGAGGCGCAAGAAUACGUUGAAAUAGGUGCCAUAAAUAGCCUUUUCAUCCUUGGUCGAAGUAUAGGAUUUAUCGGUCAUUAUAUGGAUCAGAAGAGAUUAAAGCAAGGCCUUUAUCGCCAUCCUUGGGAUGAUAUUUCUUACGUACUACCUGAGCAAUAUAAUUGAGAACUGUCACACGAUAUAUAAUGCUUAAUGUCUCUUUAAUCGCUUAGUUCGAAAAACAUCUUAAAGAUAAACGAGUUGAGAUAUAGAAGAAUAUUAAUUGUCGAUCUGUUGUCACGAUCGAUUAAUUGUCAAUUGAGAUCAGUACACACGAAAUUAGAUUGCAUGUCGCACAAUGCACCAAACAAUAUUAUAUCGUAUUAUUUUAUUUAAAAAAAA